AUGGCCAGCAUUCUCAACCUCCACCACGUCCUCUUCCUCUUCCUCUUCCUCAGCCUCGUCACCGCACAACAACAGUCGGAAAACACGAACACCACGGCAACUCCUCCUCCGGCGGGUCCCACUCCGGCCGGCUCCGGCCACCAACAGUUCAAGCCCGGGAUCGCGGUGACAGUCGGGAUCUUCACGACCAUCUUCUCCGUCACGUUCCUCCUCCUCCUCUACGUGAAGCACUGCAAUAUGGACUCCUCCUCCUCCCCGGCGGCGCCGCCGCCCUCCUGCAAGAACUCCGGCGGCGCGGACCGUCUCACGAUCCAAUCCCUCCCAAUCUUCCGGUUCUCGUCCCUCAAAGGCCACAAGAAAGACGGGCUGGAGUGCGCCGUCUGCCUCAACCGGUUCGACCCAGACGAGUUCCUCCGCCUCCUCCCCAAAUGCAGCCACGCUUUCCACGUCGAGUGUGUCGACACGUGGCUCGAGGCCCACCCGACUUGCCCACUCUGCCGAUGCAGAGUGGGUCCCGAGGACACACUGUACAGCUGUCAUCAGCAGCUGUACAGCGCGAGACAAUCUUCCAGCAGUAGUACCGCGCAGUACAGCUUCCCGGUGGACCACCAGCAGCAGCUGUACAGCGCAAGACUGUCUAGUACCGCACAGUACAGCUGUCCAGUGGACCACCAGCAGUUGUAUAGCGCGAGACUGUCUUCUGGAAGGCAUGAUAGUAGUACCGCGCAGUACAACUGCCCGGUUGACUGCAGCGCGAGGCUGUCGUCAUCAGGGAGGAGGCACUCGGAUGGGUCACUGGAGAUCAUAGUGGAGGAUCGAUAUUCGGGGAGGCGGAGGAGCAGAAGGAGGGACACGGGAUUGUUGAUGACGUCACCGGGUGUGGUGCUUGGGGAGAAGCGUCGGGUGGAGCACAGGAUAAUAAUCUCUGGAGGUGGGGAGGAGGAGGAGGAAGGGAGGUGUAGGAGGUGGAGCGACGUGGAGGCGGGGGAGUUGUUGUAUUUGAGGUCGGAGAUGAUGAUGAUAAUUGGAGAGAGAAGCGUGUCGGAGAUAAUGGGGUUGAGAAGGUGUGAGGGGAGAGGCGGCCGGAGGAAGGAGGGGGAAGGGGUUGUGAAGAGGUGGUUGGCGUGGAUUUCGCACGCGCAACCUAGCACGGAAAUGGUAGGAUCUUCUUCGGCUGCAUCUGCAGAUUCUGCUUCUACUUCUGCUGCUACUGCUUCCUAG